AUGUCUGAUAUUGCUCGUUCUUUAAGUCGUCCACCAACUUAUCCUACUAAAUUUUUUGGAUGUGAACUUGGAGCCCAAGUUAAAUUUGACGAAUCACACGAUCGUUACAUUGUAAAUGGUAAUCAUGAUGCUGCUAAACUUCAAGAAUUACUUCAUCUAUUUAUCAAAAAAUUUGUACUUUGCGCUGGUUGUAGUAAUCCUGAAACGGAUUUGGUUAUUAAAGGAAAAGGUGCUAACCAAAAAAUCAUCCGAGAUUGUAAAGCUUGUGGUCAAUUUACUGAUGUCGAUAUGCGCCAUAAACUUGUCACUUUCAUCUUGAAAAAUCCACCUGUCAAUCCUAAAAGCAGUAAACUUACGAAAAAAGAAAAAAGAGCAAAGAAAAAUGGCGAAGAAACAGAUCCUUCCUUACCUUCUUCUUCUACAAGAGGUUCUUCAGAAGAAGGUUCCGAUGAUGAACUUUAUCGUCGUAUUCAAGCCGAGGCAUCUGAACUCCCUGUCGCUGAUCAAAAAGAUGAUGAUGAAUGGGCUCAAGAAACUUCAUCUGAUGCUGUUGCUGAACGUGUUAAAGAACUAGAAGAAGGUAUUCGAACAACUCUUAUUACUAAAGAAAAUCAGACUGCCGUUAACAAUGAUAUCUACAAAAAGAUUAAAGAACUUGGUAUUGAUAAAGAAAACGAUAUCGAAAAUGACAAAAUAAUUAAGCAGCUUGUACUUAGCUUAUUUGCCGAAUCUUUUAAAACAAGCACAACUAUCGGCAAACACAUUAAUAAACGAAAGAAAUUGUUUCAAAAAUUAAUCAAAGACGCAGAUGGGCAAAGAGCUUUAUUAGGAGGUACAGAAAUUCUUGUUGGCGUGAAAUGUAAAGAAUUGUUUGAUAUUAAAACAAUUUGUAGAAUCUUAAUGGAAUAUUAUCGUGCUGAUUUACUUGAAGAAGACGUUUUCGUUGUUUGGUUCGAAGGUAAAAACACUGAAAAAUAUAAAAAACUCUUUAAACGAACUUUCAACAUGGAUUAUGUCACACCUCAAAUCAAUGAAGAUAUUCAUUAG